AAAUGUCACGUCGUGUAGUUGUACAUUCUCAAUGACUGUAAAAUAAAACACUUUUAUCAGAUGAUGGCGACGAAUCUCCACCGUCACCGCCGCCGCAUAUCGACGCUAACUCACCGCUUAUAUUCCUCCUUCUCCACCACCACCACCACAAAAACCUCCACACUCUACACCACAGACACCCCUGACCCCACCACAGUCCAACUCCUCUCAUGGGGCAAAGGCGCCUCUGGCCAACUCGGUGGCGGUGUCGAAGAAACUCGUCUCUACCCAUCUCCAGUCACCAACCUACUUCUCGCUCCAAAAUUCACUCUUUUUAACACCCCCGGGCUUUUACCUGGGCCGGAGGGGAGUAACAAUAAAGGGGUGGAAGUGGGUAUUUCGUGUGGGCUUUUUCAUUCUUGUUUGGUUGUUGAUGGUGGGCUUUGGGUCUGGGGUAAAGGUGAUGGUGGAAGAUUAGGGUUAGGUCAUGAGAGUUCGAUGUUUGUUCCUACUUUGAAUCCUCAUCUGGAGAAUGUGAAGUCUGUUGCUCUUGGUGGGUUGCAUUCUGUUGCACUUACUUCUGCUGGUGAAGUUUUUACAUGGGGUUAUGGUGGUUUUGGGGCACUUGGACACUCAGUAUACACAAGAGAACUAUUCCCUAGGUUGGUAAAAGGGGCCUGGGAGGGGACUAUCAAACACAUUGCUACUAGUGGAGCGCAUACUGCGGCAGUAACCGAAUCAGGGGACCUUUAUAUCUGGGGUCGAGAAGAAGGAGAAGGUCGAUUGGGCCUUGGUCCUGGUCGAGGCCCAGAUCAUGCAGGUGGACUUAGUAUCCCUUGCAAAGUAAAAGAAUUACCUUUCCCUGUUGCUGCUGUUUCUUGUGGGGGAUUUUUCACACUGGCAUUGACAGAGGAAGGACAACUUUGGAACUGGGGAGCAAAUUCUAACUAUGAACUUGGGAGAGGUGAUAGAAUUGGUGGUUGGAGACCAAGACCAGUACCUAGCCUUGAGAAGGUUCGAGUAAUUCAAAUAGCAAGCGGAGGAUAUCACUCGCUUGCAUUAACAGAUGACGGCAAAGUGCUUUCAUGGGGCCAUGGUGGACAAGGUCAGUUGGGUCAUGGAUCUGUCGAGAACCAGAAGAUACCAACAUUAGUCGAGGCUAUAGCUCAUGAGCAUAUUAUAUAUAUUUCUUGUGGGGGUGCUUCAUCAGCAGCUGUCACAGAUGAAGGAAAAUUAUACAUGUGGGGAAAUGCCAGUGAUUCGCAAUUGGGAGUUCCUGGGCUACCAGCGAUACAACCAUACCCUGUUGAAGUCAAUUUUUUAAUGGAAGAUGAUGGAUUAGGAUCACACAAGGUUUUAUCAAUUGCAAAUGGCGCAUCACAUGCCAUGUGUUUAGCUUUGAGGGAAAGUUGUUGAUUAUGUCAGCUGUCCUGGAGAUUUCUUCGUUGACAAUAAUGCCAUGUUGGCCUGGAUAUAGUUGAUCUUGAACAAGGUAUAUUUCAUGGGUGAAAUGCUGAAAAUGCUUUUCUUUUUGUGGAAUAGAAUGCAUCAAUGGAUAAAUGGUUUACACAUGAUUGCUACAACAGAUUCAGAUCUCUAACUCAUUAUCAGUGCUACCGCUUGGGGGUGUUCGUUUCUUUGUGGUUACGCAAUUUGGUUUUGACAAACUUUAUAUUGUUGUAACUAAUGCAAUAUGAAGAUCAACUUACAUUUAAAGAAUAUCUAUUGAAAUGUCUGAUGCUUCAUUUGCAAAUUUCAGUGUAGGCAAUACUGUAAGAACACAAGAUCAUUGAAUUGCAGUGUUCAUGGUCUUUUAGACUUAAAAGUAAUAUUGAGUUUGUUAUUGUGGACUAGUA